CCAAACGCCAAAUUGAAUUACUUUGUUCAAAGCAAUAUGGCGAAUGUCGACAAAGGACACCUUAAGUGGCGAGAUAAUUCGCAAGCAAAUGGGCAGGACCUGAGGUUGCGUGAUGACCGGGGUCGCAGAGGUAAGCCCCAGGUGGAGAUAUACCGCCCGGGAAGUGGCCCUCUACGCAAGUCAGCUUUAGGUGACGAGGAUAACACCGCCACCGACGAUAGUCACAGAGGAAAGCCGCCGGAAAACUCUCGCGGAGGCAAGCACGACGAUUGGAAAAGGAAUAGGAGGAGGCACAACCAUUCAUCCAGCGAUUACCUCAACAAGAACUGCAGACCACCUUACGACGACAGAAGGAUGCUGUCGCAAGGCGGCGAAGUGAGCAAGCUCUCAAACCAAAUGGAAAAGGUUCAGAUAACAGAUGAUGACAAGGAUGGGAUCAGUUUCCAAGUCCCGGACAGCCUGCGGGGCAGUUUGGGGGAUCUGAAAAGGAGCAAAAGGCCGGAGCAGGCCCACUACGUGCCGAAACCUCUGGCCCAGGCCAUCGCAGACAGAGACGGGGUGAAUCAGUCGUCGAACGCCGCCGGUACAGUCGCAGGUUCUGCGUACGCGGACAGCGGGAGGAAAAGUGAAACGGAGGAAGAGAACUGGGACAACGAUUUCAUAUACAGUCAGCGUGACGCCCGCAGAAAUGAUCCCCACGAGAAAGGAAACGAAGCUUACAGCUCGCGAGGCAGCUUCAACGGAGGAAGGAGGGAGAGCGACGCUGCGGAGAGCGCGUCUCGACCGCAGCAGAGGUACCCGGGGAGUCGCCCCGGCUACAGGGCGGCUCCGGGAGAGGACAGCCGGGUGCCCCCGUGGAGGGCGGAGUCGCCUCCUCCUCACCUGAGGAAGCCCGACCUGCGGGAAGUACGGCAGGCGUCGGAGCCGCGCUCCCUGUGUCUGGACUCGUCUCGCGCGAGAGACACCCGCAGCGUGGAGCCCGCGGGCCGUCGGGGCGGAGGCGAGAAGCUGCAGGCCAAGCCCCCCUCCGGCCGCCGCGGCAGCAAGGACGGCAUCCUGGGGCCCAAGUACGAGAUGCUGCCGCCCCGCCUGAAGAAGAAGUACCUGGCCGAGAACAUGGGGGAGGAGCCCAUGAGCUACAUCGGCACCACCUCGGAGGCUCCGUGGGACGGCAGCACGGUGACAUUCAAGGGCUCGGCCAGCUACCACACCCACACCCUGCCCCUGCAGCACGUGCCGGCCCACCAGUGGUACCAGACGCUGCCGUCGCCCCGGGCUCGCGGGCGGGGUCGCAUGAGGCCCGACGAGGUGGACGCCUGCAUGGCCGCCAGGUUCUCUCGCUCCCUGACGCCUGACAGGCCGCCCGUGGCGGGCAGCGCGGCCAGGGUGGAGCAUGACGGGCCUGCUCGCUUCCCCAGCCCCUCGCCGCCCCCCGCCUGCGACCCCGGGCCGAGACUCCGCGCCGAGGACCCGGCCAGGACUCCCAGGAUGCAGAGUGCGGGGAACUCGUGCGGCGCCAGCACGGACAAUGGAGAGGCGUUCAAGCGCCCUGCCACCCCGCCCAAGCCUGCAUCUGCAUCUGCAUCUGCAUCUGCAUCUGUGCCGGAGCCGGAGCCCCAGGAGAGCAGCGAGGCCGUGGACUCCGUGAGGGAGCUCUCGCCGGUCAUCCUGGACUGGAGCGAGGAGGUGGAGCUGACGGAGCGUCUGGAGGCGGCCAUGAGCGACGCCAUGACGCGCAGCUCGUCGCUGGUGAGCGUCCACGACAAGGGGCCGUCCCUCUCCGCCCCGGGCGCCAGCAGCAAGAAGAGGAGGAAAAGGAGGCGUAAGGAAAGGAACAAAGUAGAUGACAGGAGCACCAGCCGGGAGAGGAGCGCGCGCGAGGGCAGCCGCGACCGCGGGCCCAGGGCUCCCCCCCAGCCGGCGCGCAGCUGGCGCUGCAGCCAGGACCGCGAGGCGGUGCCGCCCAGCCGCGAGCACAGCCGGGACCGGGGCCGCUACGCCGAGGGGCGCCCGCGGGGGCCCGGCAGCGGCCACGCGGGGGAGGAGCCCAGGAAGGGCGACGGGGCUCGGGAGCAGAGCCGGGACCGGGGCAAGCGCCGCAGGAGCCGCGACCGCAGGCACCGGCGGGCCAGCAGGGACGGCAAGCCGGACCCGCCCGGGUCGGGCCACGUCGCGGGCAUCAUCGUCAUCCACCCGCAGAAGCCCCCUGCGCCCGAGGCCUCGGUGUCGGGCCCGCCCUUCCAAGGCCACCCGCACGAGGCCGGCCCCGCGAUGCGCCAGCCGCCCCAGCGGGUGCUGUACGACCCCAACAACCCCAGCAAGCCCAUCGUGGUGUCCUCGGGGAACACGCGCUCCGCGGCACCCCUGCACCCCAGGGACGGCGAGUCGAACCUCGCUGGCUCGCCGCCGACGGGCUUCCCCCCUCACGCGGGUUACGCUCCUCAGGCCGGCGAAGUGGAUCAGUUCAGCAACUCCCGCCCCUCGUGGCACCCUCACCAGCUCCCUGAAGGCUUCCACCAGCCACACAACUCGCUGCUACUGCUGGAGCUGGAGAGGGUUGAUGCCAGACUCCAGUGGCUGAUGGCCAAUGGAGGAAUACUGCACCAGUGGAAGACCAUCGCAAGCAUAAGGGAGUACCUGCAGGGCGUGCUGGUGAACCUCCUGCUGACAGACCUCAAGUUCUGCCAGCAGCAGAGCGUGGACCAGGUCAUGUGGAAGCUGCUGUUCUACAACAUCAUCGAGCACCUGCGCAAGAGGCUGGCCGAGGAGGACAGCCCUGAGCGCAAGGACCAGUACAAGAGCGUCAUGCUGAGCAUCAUCGAGGAGGGCACGGCCUACCUGGAGUCGCUGCUGACGCUGCUGGAGCAGAGGUACCACGAGCGGCUAGCCCUGUACCACUCGCCGCAGCACGUGGCGGCCCCCCCGCCCAAGACCCCCUACACCAGCGUGGUGCUGGUGGCCGCACAGAAGAUCCUGCUGUUCCUGGGCGACCUGGCGCGCUACCGGGAGCAGGUCAACGAGACCAGCAGCUUCGGCAAGUCCCGCCAGUUUUACAUCAAAGCUCACCAGCUGAAUCCUAAAAAUGGCAGACCCUACAACCAGCUGGCUAUUUUGGCUCUUUAUGCUAGGAGAAAGUUGGACGCUGUAUAUUACUACAUGAGAAGUUUGAUGGCGUCAAACCCAUUCUUUUCUGCGAGAGAAAGUCUUCUUUCACUUUUUGAUGAAAGCCGAAAAAAGUACGAGCAGGCGGAGCGGAAGCGCCGCGAGGAGCGCGAGGCCAAGCAGCGGGAGCGCAUGCAGGAGAAGGAGGGGGCCGGACUGCGGAGGGAGCUGUGGGUGCACCCGGAGGGCGGUCGCCGCCUGCACAUCACCACCUCCACCCUGCAGGAGCAGCGGCGGCGAGACCUGGCCUCUGAGGAGGAGGAGCUGGCCCAGCUGUCCAGCGUCGAGGUAAACAAGAGGUUUGUCACCAGCUACCUGAACGUCCAAGGGAAGCUCUUCACGAAGAUAGGGAUGGAGACCUUCCAGGAGGCCGCAGUGCAGAUGCUGCGAGAGUUCCGAGCCCUGCUGCAGCACUCGCCGGUGCCGCUCAACUCCAACCGCUUCCUGCAGCUGCUGGCCCUCAACAUGUUCGCCGUCGAGAACACGCAGCCCAAGGAGUCGCUGGAGGCAGACUACCGCUCGGCCGUGCAGGAGAGCGCCCUGGUGGUGUCGCUGCAGAUGUUCAACCUGAUCCUGGAGAAGUGCGUGUCGCUGCUGAAGGAGAACAUGGCCCGCAGCGACUGCACGGGGCUGCAGCUGGUGGCCAGCGAGGACCUGCGGCUGCUGCUGCCCGCCGUCAAGGUGUGGUGUGAUUGGCUGGUGUGCCACAGCGCUGUGUGGAACCCCCCUCCCUCUUGCCAGGACUACAGGGUGGGGCCGCCCGGAGACGCUUGGACCCGCAUGGCCUCCUUCGUCAACCUCCUGGAGAAACUGGACCACGAUAUCCGGCUGGAGGAGGCCCCCAGAGAGGGCUACGAGAUGGUGAGGCUGCCUGAAGACUCCACACUCAGCGGCUUUACGCCCUUGAUGCCUAUUUGCCACGAGCCGGUCUACGUCAAGAAUGACGUGGAUAUGGAGGAAGCGUGCAUCGCCCUGCGAGUGAGGUCCAUCGUGUUCUUCGGGACGGUGUGGCUGUGCGGCGAGGACCCGCCCGUGCUGAAGCUGCACAAGUUCGACAACGGCCUGAGCGAGUACGUGUCCAUCGUGGCGUCGUCCGGCCAGUGUUCCCUGUCCUCGCCGCCGGAGGAGCAGAGCGACAGCGAGCUGGUGCUGGAGAGCUUCAGCGAGGACGAGCUGGCGGAGGCUGAGACGCAGAAGGCCCCGGGAGCGACGGAGCAGAGGCCCGCCUCCUCGGAGAUCCAGAGCCUGCUGAGCCGCAAGGAGGAGCUGGAGAAGAGACAGGAGCACCAGGAGAGACAUCGCCAGCGCGUGCAGGCCAUCCUGAGGGAGACGGUGGUGAUCGUGGAGAUAGAAGUGAGGCCGCACUACCUGGUGCCGGACACCAACUGCUUCAUCGACUACCUGCCCCUGCUCCAGAAGGUGUCCCAGGCGACCUCGUCGCUGCAGCAGCCGCUCUACACCCUCAUGGUCCCGCUGGUCGUGCUGAAGGAGCUGGAGGGGCUGGCGCGGGGCGGGCGGGACAGGGACGUGCUCCCCCUGGCGCCGGUGGAGCCCGCCCACGCCGCGCGGGUGGCGACGGGAGCCAGGCAGGCGCUGGCCUUCCUGCGCUCGCGCCAGGCGGGCGUGCGCUGCGUCACGUCGCGCGGCACGGUGCUGGCGCCCGCCGGCAUCACCAUGGAGGAGGACACGGAGCCGGGCCAGGGCAACGACGACCGCGUCCUGGCCACCUGCCUGAGCCUGUGCCGCUGCCCGGAGCAGGAGAGCGAGCCAGGCGAGCCGCGCCGCCUGCUGCGCGACGUGGUGCUGCUCACGGAGGACCGCAACCUGCGCGUGAAGGCGCUGGCCCGCCACGUGCCGGUGCGAGAGGUGCCCGACUUCGCGCGGUGGGCAGGGCUGGGCUGAACCCCGGCCCCCCCUCGACAUCUGUGACGACACGCUGGCUGGGGCAGGAGGGUGAGUGCGUCCCGCCGUCGCCGCCCCUGGCACCCAUGCCUCCUGCAUCUUACAGACGUGUCAGUACCAAUGUGGGUCUUCUGCUCUGUUUAGCAUGAAACCUCACUGUCUAGGAAGAAAAAUACAAACAAAAAUUUGUCACAAAAUGUGUCAGCCUGCAAAGGCAACAGUUUCUGUGAUGCAUCACCACUUUCUUGUGUUUAUGCCAGUUUACAGUUUCCUCGGAGGGCCAACAUGUUCGUGAGUGCAUAGAACAAAGCCUGCAAGAGGUUAACAUGAGGUAAACAAGUCGAUAAUUGUUUCAUUUUACUUUUAAGAAAAUAUUGUUCCUGGAAAAGUGUGUGUGGUCAGUGUGUAACAAAUGUAUGCAUGUAAAUUUUUAUGUUGUUUUUGUAUUUAUGAAUUUUUUUUUAAACAUGUAUUUAGUUGAAUUUUGUGGUCAGUGUUUUAAUUAGGUGACAUUCCCACCAUUUAAUUACUGUAAAAAAAUAUCACAGUUUGAAGAAUGUUUUUGUUGUGAUAUGGAUUUUGAAUAUACAAUGCAGUUUGUGUUGAAUUGUUUGUACAUAAUGAACUGAUAGAAUCUAUACAAGUUUUAUAUUGUCAUAUAUAGUGCAAUUAUUUAUUGUCUGAAUAAUGUAUUUCUCAAGACUAAAGAAAUAGUGCAGAUAUACAGAUUUUAUUUAUAGAUAUAUUGACACCAUAAACUUUAAAGUGUUCACUGCAUUUUUAUACGUAUGAAUUAAAAUUCUUUCCUGGAAUCGUGCUGCUAAAUAGUUUGUUGGGCCAUUUUUUUAGCAAUGAAGAACUAAAUGUUUUAAGAAUAAAUAUUCAAUUUGACAUCACUGUCAUUAAUAUUGUAAGUUACUGUGCAUGUGUGGUUUGCAGAUGUUAGUGUAUCAUUGCCUGUACGUUUUUAAUGAACAAUAACAAAUUGGAUAUGUACUUACUGUGUGUCUUAAACCUGUACAUAACAUGUAAAGAUAUUGUUGAGAUCAAUUUAUGGAAACAAUAUACAAAUGUUGAUUUCUAGACUGAUUAGAUAGGAUCAUUUAGAUCAUGUUCACAAAACUUCAAUUUCUAAAAUUGAAGAUUUACUUGAGCGUAGUUCACAUCUCACAUUAUUCUGCCUCUCGUUUAUGUAAUAUUGUCAUCUCAGGAAGCAACACAAAUUUGUAAAAAGUUGUGGAGUUAUUAUAAAACAGUGAAUUUUGCUCAAAUAAAUAAUGGUUACUGCCAUA